CACCGAUCACAGAAAGAGCCGAAGAUGUCAGCUCGGUCAUGUGAUCAGCUGUGCCCAAUCACAGCUGAUCACAUGGCACUGAUGAUCAGUGUGCCCUGAUGAUCAGUGUGGCCCCAGAAGUGCCACCUGUCAGUGUCCAUCAGUGCCAGCAGUCAGUGCUCAUCAGUGCCACGUGCCAGUGCCCAUCAGUGCCACAUCAAUGCCACAUAUCAGUGCCCAUCUGAUCUGCCUUUCAAUGUCACCCAUCAGUGCCAGUCAGUGCCACCUAUCAAUGCCAAUCAGUGCUGCCAAGCAGUGCCACCUCAGUGCCAGUCAGUGCUGCCUAUCAGUGCCAUAUAUCAGUGUCAUCCAUCAGUGA